AUGCUGCCCAGCGCCUCGGCCCCGCGGCAGGGAGGUUGGGAGACAGGGGACAGGGAGGCUUCGCCGCCAGUGGGAGAUCUCCGCCAAGACUUCUCGCUCCCCGCACCAUCCUCCCCGCCCGGCUCAGCGCCGCCGCGGGCCCUCGCACCCCGCCCCGCCGCAGGCUCUCGCCCACGGCCCGCGGCGGUGCUGGGCCCCCCCCCACAUCCCGCCCCCUCCCCCGGCGCCCAGGAGCGGCUCCCGCCGGCGUCCCUGGCUCCGCUAGGCUUUGGCCCCGCAGCGAGCCAGACCCAGAAGCAGCAGCUGCCACCACCUCUUCAUUUUCAGGGGGAGGCGGUAACCACCGCAGCGCCGGCCGCCCGCCCGCGGGAGGAGCCGGUGAGGGACGGGACCACACAGGCGCGCACCCUCCGCCGCCCCCGCCGGCCGCUCGGUCACUCAGUCGCUUCCCGGCGAAAGGGUAGCAGGUCCCCGGCAACAGCCGACCCGGCCCGGCCCCCUCUCCCCGGCCACUGGAGCGCGGCGACAGCGCUAACUUCUCCCCAUCGCCGCCCCCCCAGGCAGCCGCCCGCCGGGCAGCGGGUGCCCGCGCUGGAGCUCCGCUUCUGCCGCCGCCUCCCGCUCAGCCCUCGCCGCCCCCAACCCCACACUCCGCCGAGCCGCAAGCGGCGUGUGCCGCCAGCCGUGGGCGGCGACGGCCCGAUCCUGCCCCGCUUUCGCUGCCGAGGGCAGGCGACUCUCGCAGCCGAGUCCCGCGGGCGACCGCUGGGCACGGAGAGGCCCCACCCACGCGGCCCGACCUAG